AUGGGCUCCAACCAGUCGAAACUGCAACAAGCUCCAGAGCGCAACAAGAAGGCCGCGGCAGCGAUGGACAUGUCAGGCAUAAUGCAACUCAGCGACGAUGAGUUUGUUCACAUCGAGACCGGUGCUCCACCGCCUCCCUACUCUUCCACUCGCGAGAGAUACGUCAAACUCUCGACCCAACAGGCAGAUACAUGGGAGAGGGAACUGCUAGCGGACCCCAAGAACCGCCUUGCUAUGUCGGCGCUUUCAUCUAAUCCGGUGUCGUCCAUUCUGAACAGUCGUUCCGCAGGAAUUUUGGAUACCCAAACCUUCAAUAUCAAAAUCCCGUUUGAAGGGAGCCCGAUCACGAGUCAGGCGUCUUCUGGCAGGUGCUGGAUCUUUGCUGCCACGAAUGUGUUCAGGGUUGCCCUCAUGAAGAAAUACAACUUAGACCAGUUCGAACUUAGCCAGUCAUACCUCUUCUACUGGGAUAAACUUGAAAAAGCCAACUGGCUUAUGGAACAAGUUAUUGACACCGCUUCACAGUCUUUGGAUAGUAGGCUGGUACAACGGCUACUAGAUAGCCCUGCGGAAGACGGUGGCCAGUGGGAUAUGGCCGCAAACCUUGUUCAAAAAUAUGGACUGGUCCCUCAAUCGCUGUACCCUGACUCCUUCAGCUCAAAAAACAGCAGUGAGUUGGGAAAGAUUUUGACGACCAAACUACGGGAGCAUGCCUUGAUUCUCCGCCGUAUGGCCCGUAGUAAAGAGCCAUCAUGCCAUACAUCCAUUGCAGAUGCUAAGGACGGGUUUCUGAAGGAGAUUCACUCUAUUCUUACAAUCAUGCUUGGCCCUCCCCCUUCUGCUGACCGGAAAUUCGAUUGGGAAUAUUAUGACGCCAAGGGGAAGUUCCACAAAGUCUCCAUGACUCCUAUUCAGUUUGCAGCUGGGCUUUCGGACCGUGAGGGUGUGCGUGCCAACCAAGGAACCGAUGUGAACCAACUUUUCAGUUUGGUGAAUGAUCCGCGGAAUGUCUAUGAACGUCUCUUGACGGUUGAGCGACUUGGGAAUAUCGUGGAAGGGCGAUCAAUCACAUACGUGAACGUAUCCAUGGAUGAUUUGAAACGAGCAGCCGUUGCUAUGCUUCACGCCGGACACCCUGUGUUCUUUAGCUGUGAUGUGAACAAAUUUUCUGACCGCAAGCGAGGAAUCAUGGACACAGCUCUGUAUGAUUAUUCUCUGAGCUUUAACAUCGAGUUUGGUAUGUCAAAGGCGGACAGACUUAGAACUGGCGAGACCGCAAUGACGCAUGCCAUGAUCCUAACCGGAGUGCAUGUUGAAAACGGCAAACCUGUCCGCUGGCGUGUUCAGAACUCAUGGGGGCCAGAUGUAGGUGACCACGGCUGGUUUGUCAUGACGGACAAGUGGAUGGAUGAGUUCCUCUUCCAGGUGGUUGUCGACCAGCAGUAUGUAUCGCCGAAGAUACGGAAUGUAUUAAAGCAAAAACCCAUCGUUUUACCCCGUUGGGACCCCAUGGGCACUCUCGCAUGA